AUGAGCCUAGUCGAUGAAGCAACCACUGUAAAGAAUAAACUGGUUCCACCUGAUGUUCUUUUAAGAAUAUUCAAGUACUUGCCGGUACCAACACUCGCUAAUGUGGCACUGGUGUCAAGAAGGUUUAAAGUCUUGGUAUACGAUGAUGAAAUUUGGGAUGAAAAGUUACGCAUUAUACUCAAGAAUGACACUGGCGCCCUUUCCAAUAUGCUAGGUAAUAGAAACACUCACUCUAUCGGUGAUAUACUGACAGCUUGGUCUACAAUAGAGACAAACGGUGCCAAGGAAAAUGGUUCGCUUAUAGACGUCAAAAAUAUGAUAUACAUCAACAAUAAACCACUUAGUGCAUUGAUACCAGGCAUGUCCACCGAUUCUUUCCAGGCUCGUGCAAGAGCCAAAUCGACUGGAUUGUCUAAAGAGCGAUUUAAGGAGCUUUAUAGGUUACUCAUGCCCUAUUAUGUGGAUCUAAGAGACCAUAACAAGGAAUCAAACAAAGUGUUGCAUGAUUUUGGAAACCAGCCAGAAGUAUGUGGACAGAUUAUCAACUUGCUUGUCGGGUUCGGUCAGUGUCAUGUAUUAGAUGAUUGGAAGCAGUUGAAUGAAGCUGUUGAUGCAUUAUCACAAUAUUUCGAAAGUGCAGCACUCCAUGAAUUUGAAGUAGCCUAUGAUGCCCAUGAUGCAGAUACCAUGAGGACCUUUGCAAAUGCAUUAAUCGCAUUGAAUGGUGGAUCGAUCUGUAUGCAGACUUAUAUACAAAAGCACUCAUUAUUCUAUGACAGCCCAUAUAAACCAGAAGACAAUUUUGUGGAAUCACCAAAUGAUUUAGAACCAUUCAAGAAACUGAUGUUGUACAUUACUGACGAACUCAAACAGAAAUCGAGGCUGAUUUAUGAUAUAUUCCCUGAAAAGAUGGACAUGUUUUAUAUGUUUACAGAUAGUCAGCAGAUCGCGGAAUUUGUUGCUCAUUUACUAGGAAAUGCGAUACAAGCAAGCACACAAAUUUACUUGAAGGCCAUGUCCGUCGUCCUGAACUCGACAAAAAAAGUCAUUGAUGUGCUGACAAAUGAUGAAGAUAUCCCUCAAAAGAUUGAAAAGGAGCGGGGAGUGAACUUAUUGUUUAAAUUCUUUUUACCAUUUUUGGAUGAUUAUCUUUAUGAGGAAAGUCAGUUUACGGAAAAAGUGUCGCAGUUUUAA